AUGAACUCAUCCUUCACCUCAUGGGGCAACGACAAGCCCGACCAAGCUUCUGCCCAGGACGACAAGUUCGACCCUUCAUUCGCUCGCCAUCCCAGCGGCGCUGAGGGUGCCGAAGGCUACCCUUCAGUGGACGACGUCACUGCCGCUGCCGUGGCUACUGCCCAGAGGGCUCGCAAGCCGUUACGUCGCGGGGGCAGAGGACGGGACAACAGUGAAGAGGAGGAGGACGACCAGGUGAGAGCCGCCCAGGAGGCGGUCGCUGGAUUGGCCCAGCCUGAGCAGUACACCCACGAAGAGAAGUUGGCAGCCGCCGUGGCACAAGGCGCAGGCAGAAGUCCCGACUCUCCUUUGUCGGACCACGAGGGCUCAGGGUCCAAGUUGGUACGUGGCUCGGGCACCAAGCGGGCGAUCCAGAACAGGAACGCUCAGCGUGCGUUCAGACAGCGGAAGGAGAAGUACGUCAAGGAGUUGGAGUUGAAGGCAGCAGAGGUAGACCAGUUGAAGCAGUCGAUCGAGGAGUUGAGGGCUGAGAAUUUGCAGUUGCGAGACUACACUUUGGCCUUGCAGAGCAGGGUGAUCGAGCUCUCGCCUUCCAACGGUCAGGCCAUUGCCCAGGCGACGUCUGUGCAGGCAGGCAGCGAUGCCAGUGCUAACAUAAUGCCCACGCCACCUGCGGUGUUCAAUGCCAAGCACGGGGAGAAGUAG